AUGAGCGAUCACGGCGAUAACAACCGAGAUGAUGAUGAACCUCACGUUCGAUCAUCUCGUGAAAGACGAAAUAGUCAUAAUGAAGAUAGUAGUAGUAGUUCCCAUCGUUCACCUAGCAAACCUCAUAAAAAAUCAAGUUCAAAGGAUUUGUCAUCUAUUGGUAAAAAAGUUGCUGAAAAAAGUGGUGGUCUUUUUUCGCCUGAAGACUGGAUGUGUAAAAGUUGUGGAAAUAUCAAUUGGGCACGUCGAUCAACUUGUAAUAUGUGUAAUAUGCCUAAAUUUCAAAAAGCUGAAGCACGAACUGGUGCUGGUGGUGGAUAUAAUGAACGUGAUAAUGUUCAAUAUAAUGAAAAAAAUCAAGAAUCUGAUGGCGAAUAUGAUGAAUUUGGACGUAAGAAAAAGAAAUUUCGUAAUACAACAAGAGAUUCUGAUGAUGAUGAGGAAAAUUCUAAUGGUAAAAAAACAAAGUAUAAGUCAUUCGAAGUCUCGAUCGUUGGGAGAGGUAAUACUCGUACAGAAAAUGAUGGGGAAGACGAGGAGGAAGAAGAUGACGACGAUGAUGAUGAUGAUGGUUUUGAUGCUAAAAAGUAUGCAUUAGAUAGCGAUGAUAAUGAUGAAGACGAUACUAAAAAUCAUCAUCAAGCAAGUUCAUCAAGUAGUAAUAAAAAAUCAUCUACUAGUCGUGAAAGACAAUAUUCACGUUCACGUUCAAAUUCAUCAGAAAGUCGAAAAUCGAAUGAUAAAAAAUCUAGUCGAUAUGAUAAGGCAUCUUCGUCAAAUAAUCGUAAACGUUCAAAUUCACCACGUAGUUCAAGACGAACUGAUGAUUAUUAUGAACGACGACGAUCAAGAUCUCGUUCACCUCCAAGUAAUCAUCUAUACAAAAUGUUACCAAUUUUAUUUUUUAUUAAUAUUAUUUAUUUGGUAUCUGGUAAACCAAAAGAUUCUAUACAUAUUAUGGAAGAUUUACCCAUUGGUACAUCCAUAUAUACAUUUUCAACUGAUGGUUUCAAAAAAAAUUCCAAUGAUUUUUUUCUUAUUGAUCCAUAUACGGGACGUGUAACAACAAAAAAAUUAAUUGACCGAGAUGAUUUUUGUCUUCGUCAUGUAUGUUCAUGUUCAAAAUGUGCAAUAACACUUGAAGUUUUAUGUGUGAAUAUGGGACAAAUAUAUUUUAAUGAUUUAUCUAUUAUAAUUGAUGAUCGCAAUGAUCAUUCACCACAAUUUCCUAAAACAGCAAUCGUUAUUGAUGUUUUAGAAAAUGUACCUAUUGGCUAUUUAAUUCCAAUUGAUAUAGCUAUUGAUAUUGAUUAUGGAAAUAAUUCUAUACAAGGUUAUCAUCUUUUAGAAGAUAAUUCAACAAAUAGAAUUCUUAAAGCAUUUCAAAUUGAAUAUUCAAAGAAAAACGAUUUACUUGCAUUACGUCUUAUUAAAAUACUUGAUCGAGAAUUAUAUGAUUCAUUAGAAUAUGUUAUACAAGCCUAUGAUGGUGGACAACCACAAGCACUUAUAGGUCGUUUAAAUAUUCAUAUAAAUAUUCUUGAUGUUAAUGAUAUGUCACCAGCAUUUGACCAUUCAGAUAUUCAUGUACUUUUAAGUGAAUCAAUAUCAACUGGUUCACUUGUUGCACGUGUACAUGCAUUAGAUGGUGAUACUGGUCUCAAUGGUCUAAUUGAUUAUACAAUUGUUUCAUUAGAUCCACCAUCAAAUGGAACAUUUCUAUUAUCAAAAGAUACAGGUGAAAUACGUCUUGGUAAACAUCUUGAUUAUGAAAAAGAAAAAUCCUAUCGAAUUAAAAUAAAAGCACAAGAUAAUGGACCACAACAAGGUUCAGUACCAGCAUUUGCUAUGGUCUAUGUUGAUGUCAAAGAUGAAAAUGAUAAUUAUCCAUUGAUUGCACCUACAUUCAAUGAUGAUAAAAUUGCAGGUGUUGGACAUGUAAUAAAUAGUAGUAUUAUUAAAAUUCGUGAAAAUACUCCAAACGGAACAUUUCUCGGUCAUGUCUCAAUUAGUGAUCUUGAUCAAGGUAAUAACGGUCGUAUAAGUUGGUCACUUGAGAGUAAUGAAUCGAUUUCUAUACAAAAAUUAUUUAAUAACGAAGCUUUUCUCAUGUUUACAUCAAGAAUAUUUGAUCGUGAAGAACAAUCACAAUAUAAUAUCUAUCUUACAGCACAUGAUCAUGGUAUACCAUCAUUAUCCAAUACAUUAAAUUUUACAUUAAUUAUUUUGGAUGAAAAUGAUAAUUCACCUAAAUUUGAUAAAGAUUUUUAUUCAAUAAAUAUAACAGAAACAACACCUAUAAAUACAACAAUUUUAUAUUUUCAUGCAAUAGAUAAUGAUGAAAAUAAUACAUUAAAUAGUCAAAUUGAAUAUCAUAUAAGUAAUCAAACAAUAUUCUCAUUAAAUUCAACAACAGGUGAAUUAUAUUUAAUUAGUACACUUGAUCGAGAAGAAACAUCAACAUAUGAAUUUGAUAUAACUGCAUUCGAUCAUGGUCAACCUCAACCUUUAUCAUCAACAGUUCGUUGUUUUAUUAAUAUAAUUGAUAUAAAUGAUAAUUAUCCAAUAUUUGAUCUAUCAGAAUAUGUAUUUGAAAUACCAGAAACAUGGUCUAAUCUUUCACCAAUCGGUCAUGUUCAUGCAAUAGAUGCUGACGAAUAUUAUAGUGAAUUAUCUUAUACAUUAGUAAAUAAUGAGACAACAAUGACUGAUGAAUGGCCAUUUGAAUUGACAUCAAAUGGAACAUUAUAUCUAAAAGCAACAUCUGUUGGAAUUGAUUAUGAACAACGUUCAAUUUAUCAAUUUUUAAUUAUAGCUAGUGAUCAUGAUGGUCUUAAUACAAGUGUACCUGUUAUUAUUAAAAUAUUAAAUCGAAAUGAUUUUUGUCCGGAAUUAAUUAAUAAUUCGACAGUUUUAUUUUUUAAUAAUGAUCUUUGGUCGAAUAAUUCAAGUGAAAAAUUGAAUCAAUUUUAUUUAGAUUUAUAUGAUGGUGAUAAUGAUACAUGUUUAAUAGAAUUACUUAAUUUUAAGGAUAUAUUUCAUAUUGAACGAAUUGAUUAUAAUGAAUUUUUAUUAUAUGCACAUAUAUUACCUGAACGUGAAUAUUAUGUGCUUCAAUUUCGUCUUCGUGAUCUUAUUAAUGAAACAAUUGAUCAAUCAUGUAUUCGAUAUAUUGAAUUAGUUUUAACAACAGGUACAAAUGAAACAAAUCAAACUGUUGCUAUAGAUACAGCACGUGAAUAUUUAGAUGCACUUCAUUUUAUAUCUCAACAUAAACAUUCAUAUUUUGAUUUAACAUUACUUAAUGUUAUACUUAUUUUUAUUUUAUUAUCAAUUGGUAUUAUUGUUGGAUUAAUUUCAAUAAAAUUAAUUUAUCUUUCAUCAAAUUCUCGUCAUAGAAAAAAAUUACGAAAUCAUCAUAGACAUGAUACAAAUUUACUUUAUCGUCUUCAAAGUCCAACUGAAACACAAUUACCGUUACUUGCAAAUGGUCCUGGUGAACAAUCAUUGACAUCAUCAUUGAUUAUGACUGGUAAUAACAGAUUAAUUCACGAUGAAAAUAUUAAUCAUUCUAUUGAUGGUGAUGAUGAACAACAACAGCGAUUAUUAUGUCAAAUAAAUCCAAAUUGUUCAUCAAUAAAAAAACAUUCAAAUGAAUUUAAAACAUUUGCAUUAAGAUCUAAUAAUAAUGCAUAUGAUAUAAUUGGAGAUAUUAUUCAUUCCAGUGCAUCUCCAUCAUCUUCAUCUUAUCCUCAUAAUCUUAGUAAUGAUUAUGAAUCAACGUCAUUAAAUAUAGAUCAACAACGUUUUCUUCCAUUCACAAAUCCAUCGAAUGUUAAUCUUUCAUCUGAUGGUCAACUAAUGACUGUAACUUAUUUUUCAUCAUCAUCAACAUCAACACAACCUGAUUCGUCAUUAUCAUCGUUAAAUACAACAACGCGAACUUUAAAAACAUUUUCAUCGAUUUCUACAGCAAAUGAAUCAUCAUCAAUGAUGAGACCACGACUUGCUGAACAAGAAGUUAUUGAAGUUUAA